UUUAGAAUGAGGCUUGGAACUCACACGAUGUUCGUAGAAAAACUUUGGUAUUCUGCUUCCACUCGCCAGCACGGAAAUCAGUUUUCUUCACUAUCAGCUUGGAACGUCUGUGGGACACAUUUUUGAUUAUUAGACUGGGACAAGCUUUACUAUAUUAUCUACUCUCCAAAACCACAAUCUGGCUGUAAGGAUGUCAAUAGCGGCUGUUUUCAGAAUAAAUGUCUUUGCUCGUCAAACCCCUUGGUGUGCAUUAAGUGAGGCUGUAAUUUCUGCUAAUAUUGUCACUUCAAGAAGAAGGCUGCACCGCAAGGCCUUUUAUCACUCACAACAGAAGGGACAUAAUGAAAUGACAAAUGUGAUAACCCAGAGACAUGGAACUAUUCUGACAAUUGGAAUUAACAGGCCAGAAGCCAGAAAUGCUGUGAAUCCAGAGACAGCUUCCCAGCUUGUUGAGGCCUUUAAUCAGUUUGAGAAUGAUCCAGGUCUGACUGCGGCUGUAGUCCAUGGAAUAGGAGGUAAUUUCUGUGCUGGGCUUGAUUUAAAGGAAAUAGCUCACGAUGCAAGUGCAUUGAAUGUAGAGCAAGAUGUCACUAAAGGACGUGGCCCAAUGGGCCCAUCAAGGAUGCAGUUUACCAAGCCAAUAAUUGCUGCCGUGAGUGGUUAUGCAGUUGCAGGAGGAAUGGAGUUAUCCCUCUUGGCAGAUAUGCGAGUUGUAGAGAGAAGUGCAAUAUUUGGAAUCUUUUGCAGGCGUUUUGGUGUUCCUCUAAUUGAUGGUGGGACAGUAAGACUUCCCCAGCUCAUUGGGCUUUCCCGAGCCCUCGAUCUUAUCCUUACAGGUCGGCCAAUCAAUUCUCAAGAAGCAUAUGAAUUUGGAUUAGCUAAUCGUGUGGUACCUGAUGGCCAAGGCUUACAGUGCGCUAUUGAGUUAGCACACAGUAUAUCAUCCUUUCCACAGAAGUGCAUGCUCGCUGAUAGAGCCUCCGCCUACAACAGCACAUUUGACGCAUCAAGUUUUACAGAUGCAAUGCAGUAUGAAUAUGAUUCUGGAGCGAAGGUUCUGGUUGAAGAGUCUGUUCCUGGAGCCAAAAGAUUUAGCGCAGGAGAAGGAAGGAAAGGAAAAUUCUAGUUUGCAUUUGCAUGAAAAUUGAAUUUCAUUAAAUUAGAAGUGGGUCCUUGGCAUUUAAGGCAAAAUUGGUGCAAUAUUUAUUUAAGUAUCAUGUCAUGCUAGAAGACAAGGCAGGUUUGGUCCUUUCUAUUAACUUAAUCAUGUACAAAUCUAGGAACUCUGUGCAAUCAUCUAUACAUGAAUCUCAUUAUCCUUGGUGGCAAAAUUCUGUUUGCUUCUGCAUUUUUUAAUAUUAUAUUUUUGAAGUAUAAGGUGCAAUGUACAGGGCACAUGGAAUCAAUGAAGCCCUGGUAGUCACAUUUGCAUUGAGGAGGUGCUAUUUUCAGGGCACCCAUUGCAGCUUUGCGCACCCAUUGAUGCCAGCAAGUUACAAACAAACCUUGCACAUAGCUUACCAACACAGAUGCCAAACUGGGUCCACUCUUGCAAGGUGUACUAUGUGCAAUUGCCCUAAAAAGGAAAUCAUUGAGAGAAAUUUCAAAGUACCUGUACUGUGAAGAACAAUAAUAGAUAAACAUUAUUACUUGCCACCAGCUCCCUUUUGUGACAUCCCAUAAUUUGAUGAUGGAGUGCUACCAAGAAGGGUAUUGCUUCUGGUUGACUGUUGUUUCCCCCUCUUGGCACCAUUUUAGCUUUUUUACAUUCUUUACAGUACUACCAGUAUUAACAACUACAUAAAAAGCAUCCCAAAUGAUUACCUCCUCCAGCAGAACUACAAGUUUAUUUUCCACAAAAGCUAUGAUUUAUACAAGUUUAACCUCCCCCAAAAGCUAUGAUUACAAUAAGAUCUUUGUGCCAGACCUGGGGCUGAUUACAUCAGUACUGGUGACCUCAGUGUACCGCAUGCCAGUCUGUGUAAUGAGUUUUAUGCAGACAAUUUUUUUCAAUAUUGGCGUAAAUUUUGCCUUGAAGGAUCAAAGCAGCAUGCCUUAUUUUCUGAUAAGGAAAAGGCAGCUAAAAGGGGGAAUUAGGAACAGAGCACAAUUAGG